AGGAAGGGGUAGGAGUCUCGAUAGGAAAGAGGAGGAGGAGAAGAGAUUUGAAGAAAAAGAAGAAAAAGAAAAAGAAUGAAGAUGAGGAUGAUGAUAUCAUAUACUCCCUCCGUCGUCUGUGCUGCCGGAUCUUAUGUGGACGAGCUCGUCAGAACCGCUAGAUCUAUUGCAUCUCCUGGUAGGGGAAUCCUUGCCAUUGAUGAGUCGAAUGCUACAUGUGUAAAGAGGCUGGCAUCUAUUGGUUUGGAGAACACAGAGCCUAACAGACAGACUUACAGACAGCUUUUGCUGACUACCCCAGGCCUUGGUGGGUACAUAUCUGGCUCUAUCCUUUUUUUGAAGAUACACUUUACCAAUCAACUACAGAUGGGAAGAAGUUUGUGGACUUCUUGCGAGAGGAGAAGAUAGUUCCCGGGAUCAAGGUUGAUAAGGGGUCCUUGGAUCCAACAAUGAAUCAUGGUGCCAAGGCUUAGAUGGCUUAGCUUCUAGAUCUGCUUAGUACUACAAGCAAGGUGCCCGUUUUGCUAAGUGGUUGUUCUCCUACCAAUCUCCCUUGAAACCAGGCUGGAAUGUGUACAGCUGUAGGUAGAACCC